AUGGCCAGCCCUGCCCCCGCGGAGCUCAAGGUGAAGCCCUCCAAGCCCGAUGAGGAGGCCUACAAGGCCAGCCUCGCCCAGGCUGAGAAGGAGCACACUGCGGCUCAAGAGAAAUUGAACCAAAUCAAGGCAAAGCUUGAUGUCGCCAAGCCUAACAGCUCGGACUCUCCCUCCGCGAAGAAGCAGCAGGAGCUUCGCGCCGAACUCUCCUCUAUCCGUCAGAAGCAAUCCGGCUUCAAGUCCUCCCGCUCCAGCACCCAGGAGAAGAUCAAUGCUCUCGAGUCUACCCUGAAGGCCCGCAUUGCGGAGCAGAAUGCCUCGCGUGGAAAGAUGUCCUUCAAGAAUGUUGAGGAGAUCGACAAGGAGAUUGCCCGCCUCGAGAAACAGGUCGACUCUGGCACUCUGCGCCUGGUGGAUGAGCGCAAGGCUUUGUCGGACAUCUCCAUGAUGCGCAAGCAGCGUAAGUCCUUCGCCGGUCUCGACGAGGCCCAGAAGGGUAUCAACGAUCUUAAGGCUCAGAUCGCCGAGCUUCGCAAGACCCUGGACAACCCCGAGGCCAAGGCUCUCUCCGACAAGUACACCGAGAUCCAGAAGCAACUCGAUGAGAUUAAAGCCGAGCAGGAUGGUGUCUUCAAGAACUUGAAUGCUCUGCGCGACGAGCGCACCAAGCUCCGCAACGAGCAGCAGGCUAAGUACGUCGCCAUCAAGGAAAUCAAAGACAACUACUACAAGGCCCGCCGUGCCUACAAGGAGCACGAGGACCAGAUGUGGCGCAUCCGCCGUGACCGCCAGAAGGCCGAGCGUGAUGCCUUUGAGCGCGAGAAGCGCAAGAAGAUUGCCGACAAGAAGCUCGAGGAGGCUUCCGCCCUUGCCUACACCGACGAGAUUUUGACUGCCCAGGGUCUUAUCCGCCACUUUGACCCCGCCUAUGACUUUGCCUCUCUCGGUCUGGAUGACAAGAAGACCGAGGGCAGCAACUUCCGUGCUGGUAUCGGCCGUACCGUUGACGACUCUGGUCUCAAGGGUAUGAAGGUGGUGAAGAAGGACGACGAAGAGGACUACUUCGUCGGUUCCGCUGGCAAGAAGGGCAAGAAGGGUGGCAAGAAGGGCGCUGCUGCUGCUGAGGGUGGCAAGUUCAACAUGAACGUUGGCAUCAUUGAGGACUUCGCCAAGGUCAAGAUUGAUCCUCCGAUGAACCAGUCUGAUGUCCCUGCUGCUGUUGAGAAACUGGCUUCCAAGAUUCGGGAGUGGAAGAAGAACCAGGCCAGCAAGACCGAGGAGAACAUUGCCAAGGCUCGGGAGGAGAUCAAGCGCCUUGAGGAGGAGGAGACCAAGAUCGCCGAGACCAACGGCGCCACAGACUUGAAGAAGAAGCCCGCUCAGGCCAAUGGUGCCCCCACCGCCGACGCCGAGCUCGCCCAGGAGAAGGACGCCGCAAACGAUGCCGCCGAGGAGCUGAAGAAGGCCUCCAUCGAGGACCAGGCAUGA